AUGAAGACGUCAAAGAAGAAGACAUUUGAGACGGAGGAAAAUGAAGUGGACAAUAUGGUUGGUUUUCGUGGAAAACAAAAGGAUCCUGAUGAGAACAACGAAACUGAGGACUGUGUCGAUUCUGGCGGAACAACGACACAGAAUGGGCAGAGUGAUCAAUUUAAAGAUUAUAAGGCGCCGAGGAGAAUGCUGGGAAGUAUGGUGGGGAACAGAGAUGAAAAAGCCACCCUAAUCAUUGAUAAGAAAGACACUGCUGAAGGUGACAAAAACGACAUUCAACUUUAUCCAUUUACCGUUUUGGACUUUCUUGGUGCUACAGUUUCUAUAACAGUAUUUGCAGUUGACGUUAUCACCGACAUUCUACUUGCUCUGGAAUAUAAGGAUCAUGGUAGAACUGUGGAGUGUGCACUUACGUCAUCAGUGGUGGUUGCGUCAUUUCUGGUGGCGGGAACACUGAGUUCGAUUUGGUAUGUACAAGACGGAAGUGGACCUAAAGGAAGAAUAACGAAGACUCUCUUCAUCAUAGUAGCAUUUACAUUUGCUACGAUUCUUAGAAAAGUCUCGUACAUCAGACAUGGCUAUCUAAGUCGUAAGUCUACUGAUAAACAGAAGCACUACAACAGAAUGAUAAAGGACAGAUCGGAUGCCUGCUUAUUAAAAAUACUGCGCUCUAUCACCAUAGCAUCCUCUUUAGCGGGCGUGGCUUGGUCGAUUACGGGAUACAACAGAGCACUCCGUGUCUUUAAUGCAACUUCCGGUUUGGCAGCCAAUACGAAAUGUGGAGCUGUGGGAUACUUCCUCUGGCGAGUGUUCGAGAUCGGACCAAGAAUCACAGCCAUUGUGAUGUUGAUUUCAAUCGAAGGAAACGGUCCGUACUACAUAAUUUUUGGUGUUCUAUUCCAUUGGAUGAUCAUGAUAACUGUUGCUUUUUUCAAAAAUGUGAGAGUUUAUAGAAGAAAGCUACACAACAUUUUAUUCAUUGUGUUCAUCGGAUUUGUGCAAAUUGUAUCUUUUAUGAAUUUGAGCCUAGGAAAAUCUCGAGUUCUUGCCAUAGCAUACUACUCUUUGUUCCACGUGGAAAACGCUGUGAUAGUGGCGCUGUUCGUAUUUUGGGGUGACGUAGAUAAGUCCAGUUUUGUAUAUUUAGCCACAGUAUCAGUGGCCUCAUCUGGAAUCGUUUUAUGUACUCUGUUCAUGCUGAUGUACUACACACUUUGUCACCCCAAAGUAGCACGUUCAUGCAGAAGUGGCAAUGGAGACGUAGAAUUAGCAGAGCAAGCGUAGCAGUGCAUCAG